UAUUUGCUUCAAGAUGUUAGCCAGGCUCUCUGUGCUAGCUAUAUCAAUAUUAUAUCUCCAGGUCAGCUGCAGUCAGCAAAAUGGUUCAAAUAUUCUAUCUAACCUACUUUUAAACAACUCCGUGGGAAUGCAGUCACAAGGAAAUAUCAUUCAGAAAAGUUUAAAUCAGUUUUCGAAGAACCACAUUUUACCAAACAACGUGCAACAGUCGGUGAAUUUACAGAAAUUACAGAAUCUGCAAUCUCAAGGAUCACAAGGAGUGAAUGUACAGCAGCUUGUUAAUUUGCAAAGUUUGAACAACCAGCAAUCUUCGAAUCUGCAGACCGUGAGCACCCAACAGCCUAUUUUACAGUCAGUGACAACGCAGUCGCCUUUAAAUUUACAAUCUGUGACCACACAACAAACUUUCCAGUUGGGUAACUCGCAAGUUUUGAACCCACAGUCAGUAAAUACUCAACAGCCUCCCAAUCUACAGCAUUCGACGCUAAGCAUUCAACCUACGAGUUUCUCACAACAGACUUUAUCACAACAACCCAUUUUCCAACAAAUAUCUUCUCAAAAUUAUCUUCCUCAAAAUGUAAAUGUGCAGAACCAAAAUCCAACUUACAGUAAUGUAAAAAUGCUAAGUCAAUUUUCUGAUACAUCGUCCCCUUUAGUAAAUGGUCAGUUUAUGCAAACUUGUCAAGGGACAAGUGCCCCAUCUUGUGCUCCUGUAACGUCUUCAGAACCAUCUUCGUCAACGACUUUAUGUAUUAACAAUGCCGGAGGCGAGUCAACGUCAGUAACUUGCCCUCAAAAUAAGCAAUAUUCAAUAUCUGGUGUACCUUCGUAUAUAGUUGAUAGACAAUUGGUCAACUCUAUAUCACCAUCGGCUGCAGUAUCACAGAAUAAUCAGCCAUCAUUGCUAACAAUUGUAGGCGUGCCACAGCAAAACCAAGGGAAAGAUAACAUGCCUUUCUUAGCACAGAAUCCGGCUGAAACCCCAAAUCAAAUAACAAUAAUAAGAUCCGUUCAACCUCAUUCACAAGCUGCCUCUAUAUCAAAUCCAGAUCAGAAUAAGAUUAGCCUAUUUUCUCCUAUGCCAAGUCAAACACCGCCUUCAUCCACAUCUUCAGUCAUGCCUACCAUCAGUUCUAUUUUAGCUUCAAGUUUGUCAAAACAGGCAUCACAGUCUUCAAAUCUCAAAGCAUUAUUACCACUGAUUUUCAAUCUGAUAAAAGAGAGAAAUAGCUGUGGAUGCCAUCAUUGUGAAUGUUCAAACCGUAAUGAUCACUUCGAAAAAGACGGAUAUAGAAGUUAUCGAAAACAGAAAGGACACAGAUAUUAUAAUAAACCAGAGGAUAAUUCAAAAUACAAAAACGAUGAAUCUGAAGAAUAUGAGGAACAUGACAGAUAUUACAAUCGAAAAAGCAACAAGAAAUUUGGAAAAUAUAAGAACUCAAAGCCCGAAAGUGUUGAAAUGUCCCGAGAAUAUGACUAUAGCGAUGAGUACCAUGAUGACUAUUAGCACUAAACCAAAUUGUAGGCAUAAGUUAAUUAAUAACAAUAAGUAUUUAUAUUAUGUAAAACCUA